CAAUAAAUCCAAGAAUCAUAGAAGUGAUUGCUCGGAUAAGUGCUCAGCACCCACGAGCGUUUGACAUAUAGUGCCGCGUAUCCUCCAUAACUUCUCUGCGUCAAUUCAUAUCAAGAAUAAGGGUCGGGUUCCAAACAAGUGGACACCGUGAUUCUGCCAUGUUUGCGGCGUUUGCUACCUGUCAGUCAGGAAAUUACAUGUAUGAAAGGUGGGAACUGGUAUAAUUUAAGGUGCUGUGGGUUCGAAACCUCCGGGAGGUCCGACAACCUAGCUUCCAAUUAGUUGAUAUGAAGCCGCAAACGAUACCUAGAGUGUUUGCGAUUGCUGUGCUUCUAUCGGCCGCGUUCUUGUGUACGGCGGAUGCAUCUAAAUCCUUUACAUUGUCUCUGAUUCACACAUCGGGGACGAACUCGAGUUAUACCACAUCAAAGUACAAUAAUGUAAAUCGCAAUUUUGGAGGUUAUGCUGCUCUGAAGACGGCCGUAGAUACUAUUAAAGCAAACUUGACCGCACCCGGGAUCUUUGUGCAUGGAAUCAACGCAUUGGGGUUUUCGACCUUCUCGCAACACUGGCAAGGUUUGAAAGAGUCAGAGUAUCUUGAAGAUAUAGGAUUCCAAUAUACCGCCUUUGGCACGAGAGAUUUCUUUUAUGGACCAGAAGCGUAUGCAAAUAACUUCCUCGCGAACAGUUCUUUUGCAGGCAACUGUAUCGCUUCGAACGCAUUAAUAUCAAAGUCGCUUGCGUUAGCGCAGUAUGUGACUCCAUACCGAACGCUUACAUUCACCGAUGGGAUCAGCGGCAAUACAAGCAAAGUAGUUCUCCUCUCGUUUAUCAGCGACGAAUUUUGCACAAGGUCACGAUGUUCUGCUGUUCAAGGAAACCCCAUUCAAGUCAAAAUCGCAAAUCCUAUCAGCGCGAUGAAAACCUUUGUAGCGGAUGUGAUAUUUACUGAGAACCCUGACGUUAUUAUUGCCAUGUCCGCAAAUACCGAUUACGCAACGGACUUGCAGAUUGCACAGAGUGUGCCUGGUAUAGAUAUUCUUUAUGUGAGCGACGACAAAGCGAUAAUUGAAGGAACCGACUAUCCGCGGGCCGUUACGGGACCUACUGGGGAUACAGUUCUAUUGAUCAACGAUCAAACCUCGAUAACCAAUGUCGAUGGGCUAGGGCAUCUGAGGGUCACCUUCAAAGACGGUGUCCCAUAUGCAUGGAAUGGAACCUUAGAUCCUGUAAUGUCAUGUCAAGAUGACCCAUCACCUCUCAAUUCAACGUGUUACGUUCCCGACCCAACCCUCAAACAGCGGCUAGACAACGAUCUCGAACCUGUAUAUGCUGCAUUAAACAUCACUGUGGGUUCACUGCUAGUGGCAUUGAAUGGCGCACAAGGGCCGGCGUAUCCAUGCCGGACAGGAGAAUGUUCUUCUGGAAGUGCGCUGGCGGACGCCAUGUUGUGGAAAAUGGAUGCCCAAUGCGAUGCAGCCAUGGUGAACGGGGGUUCCAUUAGGGCAUCAGUACCGGCCGGCAAUGUGACGUUGAUGAAUUUCUUCAACAUGCUUCCAAACAAGAACAACAUUGCCGUUGCGAGAAUGAGAGGGGCGGACAUUUUGGAUAGUCUCAACAAUGGACUCAGCAGAAUCAAUGCAUCAGGUUCCGGACGGUUUCCACAAGUCGCCAACCUGAUCUUUACCUAUAAUUCCAACAAUCUCGCAACACUCCGCUUGACGGGUUCAGUUAUGAUUUAUAAUAAGACGUUAGGAGAAUACGUGGAGCUGGAUCCCGAGGGAGAAUACAACUUGUGUGUCAAUGAUUACAUGCGCGGAGGAGGGGACGGAUACACGGCACUGCAGACUAAAGCGAUCAGCGCUUUUGAUCAAGGCCCUCCACUGGAUGUUGUGCUUCGAGAAUACGUUUCUGCCUACUCUCCGCUUUCGGCGCCCGUUAGUGGCCGGAUUAGGGAUCUUGCAGUCAAUGUUUCUGGGACUAGUCCCCCUCUCACAGGGUCUUGCACAUUUACAAUGGAUCCUGUUACAUCCGCUUCGGGAAAUGUAACAGAUGUUUGCGCUGGCGGCUACCGUUACCGUGAGGAUGUCACCUGGACGAUCUCGCCUUUGCUUCCCAACAGUCUUCAGCCUCGUUCCAUCUAUCUCAGAUUCAGCAAUCUGGCUUUAAAUCCCAGCACAGACACGUUGUAUAUUCGAGACGGACCUACACAAAAUCUUCUGACCGUUCGCUCUCCCGCUGAUAAUGUCACUUUGGUCCCCGCCAAUUACACGACUCUUCCUGACCGAGUUGAUGUACCAAAUGCCGCAUCCUUGCUUGUGCGGUUGGUUACUAAUCGGCCACUGGACGGAGAGAGCUUGCGUCUGCAGUACACUGCCGAUACCGGCUGUCCUGGAGGGUACUUGCUAGGGACACAGGCAUGCCUGGCGUGUACUGCAGGCACAUUUGCCCAAAAAGAUGACAGCGUGUGUACACCUUGUCCAGCAGGAAGUAUCACCGCAACUGACGGAAUGGCGGCAUGCACACAAUGUGCUCCAGGAACAUUCGCAGACCAUGCCGGGCAGUCACGCUGUAAAACCUGUGACGGUGGACGUAUUUGGAACUCAGCACAGUCUUGCGAAUGUCCCGCUGGGAAUUACUGGAACGAUUUCACUUGCUUGCCAAUCCCGGCGUCCCACUCGGAGACAGGACAGAUUGCAGGAAUCGCUGUAGGGUUGGUUGUUGCCGCUGGGGGUAUUGCGUUCUAUGUGCACAGACGUCGUAUGGGUAUCAUCAAACGGCGACAGAUGGGGACAAGGAAGCAGACAGAGCUAAAAGCAGAUGUAGCAAUGAAGCAUCUCUUGCACGACAUUGCAACUUCCUUGUUUUUAAUUGCGUUUGAAUCUGGCGACGUGGCAACAGACUGGAUUGCCUUCUUGGGAGUGCACGGAGACAAUGCAUACAAGGUUGCCUACAUCAUUGCCUCCAUUUUCGGAUCUGUCAUUACCUUCAUUUCAGCCGCCAUCCGUAUUUACAACAUUUAUGCGCUUUUCAAAAUCCGCCGUGUUGGCAUCAAGCUCGUUGCCUCUGGCGCCAAGGCCACAUCAUUCGAAGCCAUGGAGAGGGUGAAGGACGCUCAGAAUGACUCGGAUCUGCAUCUGGCCCUCCUGAAUCUCAGAACGUUGAGACAAAAAGUUAUCAUUACGAUUGCCGUCGCGGCACCCGGGGUGCUCAAAGGCUUGCCCAUCUUCGUAGUCAACGCAUUAGUUGGGCGCUCGCAAGGAAUUGAUAUGCCACUUAUGAUCUCUUUUGGUUUCAAUGCUCUGGUGUUUUCCAAUCAUGUGAAAGAGGUUUGUGGGUGGUUCGCCCUCCGGCAUCUAUACGCCAAGCAAAAACUGCUAGCAGACAAGAAAUUGGCAGAACGUGGCCUUCAACGACCUGAUGCCGCCCACCGUCUCAUGACACAUCGAUCGUCGGUGGGCCCUAGUAAGGCGGAAGUGGAAAUAGUCAGAAGCUCAGUGAUAGUCGAUGCUGCUCGUCCUGAGAUUGGCGAGAAAGUAGAUGGUGGUGCAGAAAGUGACAGUGAGAAAGGGAUUGGGCCCACACAUCGAGCAAACGACGGGGCGCACCAUGAUACUAAACAUGGCCUUUAAACAGGAUAUCAUAAUAGUAAGCAAAGGGUAUUUAGAGAAUAGAAUGGCAGUGAUAUUGCAAGCUUUUGCUCUAGGAAUC